AUGUCGCUAAACCGCAAGGAUAUGGCCAAUUUGUUAAACGUACUUCUUCCCGACCGGAUCGCAUGUCAAACACUAGAAGCUAUUACUAACACCGUCCAAAAACAGUUCACCAAAAGUGAUCACUUCAGAGUCUGUCGUGUUUUGAUGCUGUUAUUACAACAGGACUUGUUGUUCGAUGUUAUUUCGCGUUUCACAGCGCUUUAUAUCAUUUGGGAUAUGUACAAAUCUGAAUCACUCACGCUGAACCCGUUCGCUUCCUUUUAUUUUGACUACUUGCGUGACGAAGUCAAUCCAAGGUUACCGAAAUCGGGUCUGGUCGUGUUUCACACAUUACUCACUCAGCCAGAACGUGCUCAUGAGUUUGGAAAAUAUACACCCAUGCAGAUCCUCAAUCAUUCGAACAAUUUCAAUCACGCUGAACAUUUGGACUGGAGCUCAUUGCAACUCGAUCCACAGUCGGUUUUGCUCCGUCUUCCCGAAACCGCUUCUUGUGGUAUAUCGUGUGUUAUCCCCGAUGGAGAUGUACCACCUUCCAUAGCCAAUGAAAUAGUGUCCACACCGGGCACUCAUCGUCAGCUACUUGAGGGUUUAUUGUCAAACGGAGAACCAAUAGCCUGUGCAAGUGCUCUUCGACCGGAGAUGAUCCGCGUUGCUCCCCCGUUGCUCCCAACCCCACAGGGAACAUCGUCAAAUCCAACCACUCCAAACGGAUCGGAAUCCGCCAAGUCCCCGACCAUAUUGGCCCAGGAUGAUUUACUAUCCGAGGAAUUGAUUUGGCUCAAUCCAACCACAAUUCAGCAUGAGUUUCACUGGAACACAAACAUUGAGGAGGCCAGUCCAACCUCCGAGAUGCGAGUUUUGGUAGCUAAUGCGCUUCGUGCGGCGUUACCUCAGCCACAACAGCAUACGCUUUUGAACGCGAUUAAAGAAAACCCCGGGCUUGUGCCUAAUCUGGGCAUCACAGCGGAAAAUCUUCCUAACCUGAUCAAUUCGAAUCCAGUGAUUGCCAUCGAAAUCCUUGAGGUGCUUAUUGAUGGGGUUCAGAAAGAAGAGUGA